AUGUCUAAAUCUUUAGGUAAUGUCAUUGAUCCCGAAGAAAUUAUUAGGAAAUUUGGAGCUGAUACACUCCGUUUAUGGGUAGUUAGUUCUGAUUUCACCAAAGAAGUAAAAGUCAGUAUUUCCAUUUUAGAAAAAGUUCAAGAAAAUUACCAAAAAAUCCGCAAUACUCUAAGAUUUAUACUAGGAAAUUUAACUAACUUACCACCUGAAAUAAAAAGUGAGAAAGAUUUAGAAAAAAAUUUAAACUUAAUAGAUUAUUAUAUACUCCACCAAUUAGAAAAAUUAGUUCAAGAAAGUGUAAAGAAUUACACAAAAUAUAAUUUCACUCCCAUUUAUUCUUCUUUAUUAAGUUUUUGUAUUAAUGAUUUAAGUUCCUUUUAUCUAGACAUUAGUAAAGAUAGUCUGUAUUGCGACCUAGUUUCUUCACCGCGAAGAAAACAAAUCAUUACCACGUUUUAUUAUCUAUUAAAGGGAUUAUUAAAAGUUAUCUCGCCAAUUUUGCCUUACCUUGCGGAAGAAGUUUAUCAAAGCAUUCCUUUUAAAUACGGUUUUGCUGAUCAAGAAAGCGUUUAUUUAGCAAAUCUUUCAUCUAACAUAGACUUUCCAAAAGAUUUGGAAAAAAAAUUAGAAAUAAUUAAUAACUUUUUUCUUCCUCUGCGCAAAGAUGUUUUUCAGGCCUUAGAGAAAGCUCGCCAAGAAAAAAUUAUCACGACUAAUAAUCAAGCCAAAUUAACUAUUUAUUUUAAAAAAAAACCACCAUUAGAUUAUUCUGAAUUAAAAUUAAUUGAAUUAUUGGGAAUAGCCGAACUUAAAUUUCAAGAGAAAGUUGAAGAAAGAAUGCAAGAAGGAAAUUUUUGUUUCGUUUACGUUGCAAAAACUGAAAAAGAACGUUGUUUACGUUGUCGAAAUUGA